CCGCGUAAGUGACCCCGGGAGGAGCCGGGCCGCGGGUUCGGGGCUGCGCUGCCCCUCACGGCCCCUCACGGCCCCUCACAGCCCAGGGCGAUGCUGUGCUGGGCGCUGCGCGUCGUGAGCCGCGGCCUCUCCGCCCCGCGGCCGUGCUGGCGGUGGCGCACCGUUCGUGCCAUGGCUGAGGGUCCGAGGGCAGCGGUCGCCGGGCAGACAAAGAGGCUGAACAGCGGCGCUGAGGUGGCUGAGAGGCUGGAAGAGAACGGGCAUCAAAACAAAAGGUUGAAGGGAGGUGCGGAUGAGGAGGGUGCGGAGGAUCAGGGUAAGAAGUCGCCCAAGAGGAAGAUUGUGCUGCUGAUGGCGUAUUCAGGGAAAGGCUACCAUGGGAUGCAGAGAAACAUGGGAUCUUCCCAGUUCAAGACAAUUGAAGAUGACUUAGUGUCUGCCCUCAUUCAGUCAGGCUGCAUCCCAGAGAACCACGGGGAGGAUAUGAAGAAGAUGUCUUUCCAGCGGUGUGCUCGAACAGAUAAGGGUGUGUCUGCAGCUGGACAGAUUGUGUCACUGAAGGUCAGGCUGAUAGAUGACAUCUUAGAAAAGAUCAAUAAUCAUCUUCCUUCUCACAUCAGAAUUCUGGGCCUGAAGAGAGUCACUGGGGGAUUCAACUCCAAGAACAAAUGUGAUGCCAGAACCUACUCUUACAUGCUGCCAACAUUUGCCUUUGCCCACAAGGACCAUGAUGUGCAAGAAGAGGUUUAUAGGCUGGACAAAGAGACCCUCGACAGGGUCAACAAACUGCUCUCGUGCUAUAAAGGGACACACAACUUCCACAACUUCACAUCCCAGAAGGGCCCCAGGGACCCCAGUGCCAGGAGGUACAUCAUGGAGAUGUACUGUGGAGAGCCCUUUGUCAGGGAGAACAUGGAGUUUGCAGUGAUCAAAGUGAAAGGUCAGAGCUUCAUGAUGCACCAGAUCAGGAAGAUGAUCGGGCUGGUGAUAGCCAUCGUGAAGGGUUAUGCUGCUGAGUCCAUCCUGGAGCGCAGCUGGGGAGAGGAGAAGGUGGAUGUCCCCAAAGCCCCGGGACUCGGGCUGGUCUUGGAAAGAGUGCACUUUGAAAAGUACAACAGGCGCUUUGGGAACGAUGGGCUGCACGAGCCGCUGGAGUGGACAGAGGAGGAGGAGAAGAUUGCUGUUUUCAAAGAGCAGUACAUCUACCCUACCAUCAUCAACACGGAAAGGGAGGAGAAAUCCAUGGCAAACUGGCUCAGCACCCUCCCCAUUCACGACUUCAACUCGUCUGCUGUUGAGAUGCAAGCCAACAACAAAAAUUCAAAGAACAGCAGCGACCUCGAAGGCAGUGAUGGUUGUGGUGAUGAUUCUGACUGAGCCAGCGUGGCUGGAUGUGGAACCCUUGCUGCUUAAAGUUCCCUUUGUCUACAAAAAAAGUGGCCUUUCAAAAUCCAGGAAUCCAGUAAAGCAGGAGUUUGUGUGCUUGCAGAACGAGAACUGGAUGCCCAGGAGAAUCUGGGUGGGGAAGACAGUGCAGCAGAAAAAACAGAAGCUUUUUAUACCACUGACCAAUUCACCUGACUGAUAUACUUGAAAACAGUUCAAGGAGAAAGAAGCUUUCUAAAAGAAUCUUGAAAUGCAGGAUAUCAUAAUUGCUAUUUGAAUAAUGGUUUUAUUAUGUUUACUUGGAAAAUAGUAUUUUAAAUAUCUAUAACUUCUACAUAAAGAUGGGGCAGAUCAUUUUAAUAUACUCUUUUUUUAUUAUGAA